CCUCUUGUCGCCUUGGUAACGGUGAAAAAGGGGGGAGGAGGAGGAGGAGGAGGAGGAGGAGAGGUACCCAGCUGAUCACAUGACCUGCUGCUCAUCGCAUCAUUUGUUCAAACCCCGUUUGUUCUGAUCACCCUGACCGAGCCUCGACAUCAUCAUCACCUGCUCGAGCUCUGCUGCGCGGAUCGGUUGAACCGGGAAUCGACAUGUCAGACGUAGUUCCUCCAGAAGUGAAACCCAAACCGGCCGUCCCUGCCAAGCCCCCAAAUGUGGGGGCUCCAUCCCCCUCCAGCCCCUUCCCUCCUCAGGGCGUGGGCAUCGGAGGAGGAGGCAGCGGCGUUUCAGCUCCACCUCCAAGCAGCAUCCCGGUAGCCAUCGGGAGUCACGGGCCGGUGCACCACAGCGUGCUCCACAGCGUGGGUCACGGCGUGGGUCACGCCGCAGGCCAUGGUGGGGGUCACACUGCCGCACACAACGGAGGUCAAGUUCAUGGCGGCUCCCUCAGCUCCAGCGGUGGAUCCACUUUGCUGGGGUACAUCGGUAUCGACACCAUCAUCGAGCAGAUGAGGAGAAAGACCAUGAAGACGGGCUUUGACUUUAAUGUCAUGGUUGUCGGUCACAGUGGUCUCGGAAAGUCCACUUUGGUGAACACCUUGUUCAAGUCCCAGGUGAGCAGGAGGAGUGCAGGAUGGGCCCGUGACGAGAAGAUCCCCAAAACUGUGGAGAUCAAAGCUGUGUCUCAUGUCCUGGAGGAGGGCGGCGUGAAGAUGAAGCUGACAGUCGUCGACACUCCGGGCUUCGGAGACCAAAUCAAUAACGACAACUGCUGGGAGCCCAUUUGCAAGUACAUCAACGAGCAGUAUGAGAAGUUCCUGAAGGAGGAGGUGAACAUCACCCGAAAGAAGCGCAUCCCCGACACCAGAGUGCACUGCUGCCUUUAUUUCAUAUCCCCGACUGGACACUCCCUCCGACCGCUCGACAUCGAGUUCAUGAAGCGCCUGAGUCACUCGGUCAACAUUAUUCCUGUCCUUGCAAAGGCCGACACGAUGACCAUCGAGGAGAGGCAGGAGUUUAAACAGCGGGUCAAGAAGGAGCUGGAGAUGGGCGGGAUCGAGGUCUACCCGCAGAAAGAGUUCGACGAGGACAUGGAGGACAAGAGCGACAACGACAAGAUCAGAGAGGCGAUGCCCUUUGCCGUGGUGGGCAGCGACAAAGAAUAUCAAGUGAACGGCAAACGAGUUCUGGGAAGGAAGACGCCGUGGGGGAUUGUGGAAGUUGAAAAUCCCAACCAUUGUGAGUUUGCUCAGCUGAGAGAUUUCCUGAUCAGGUCUCACCUCCAGGAUCUGAAGGAGGUCACUCACAACAUUCACUAUGAGACUUACCGUGCCAAGAGACUGAACGAGAACGGAGGUCUGCACCCGAUCUCCGCCAACGAGACCCAGGAAAGCAACCUGUAGUCAGUCAGUCAGUCAGUCAAUCAGCGGACAGACUGAGAAUAAAAAAACAGUGCAAUGAA